AUGAUCCUGGUGAUGACUUAUGGGAAAGGGACAUUACCGAGCUCCCAGCGGAUCCCGGAGAUGCAGGUUUUGGUCCUAGUGCUGAUCCUAGCGCACCUACCUUCUACCUGGCUUCUGCCUGAAACUCCUGUGGAUUCUGUCAGCUGCACACAGGGUCUUGGUUGCCAGCUGCUGGUGGAAGAUGCAGUGUGCACCCAAGGAGCAGCAGAGCCAGUGCCGGAGCAAGAUCCAGUCCUGGUGCUCAUCGAGAUGAAAACGAGGACCACGCUUCGGUGCCAGCAGGAGCUUGACUGCAUUCCUUGCAUCCAGGUGAUGCUACACCUUGGCCUGCUGGGUGCAAAACAAGACAGAAGAUCUGUCAAGGCUGGUGUGCAAUCCAGUAGACAUCAUAAGGAAUCCCUACGAACACAGAUAUGGCUGUCAGCUCAGACGUACCCUUCCUUCCGCUGUGCGCUUGUGGAGGUUUGGUUUCCUCAUGCCCACAACAGUAGCUUGAAUUUGCCCAGUGUGCGAGGAGGACUGUCUCCGGCCUUUCUGGGCUCUCUCCAUUUUGACUGCUUCCCAGUUGCUCUGAGCGGGGAGCUGCACCUCGCAGCCUUCACCAACCCCUCUUAUGAAUCUGUGCCUGUGCUAAAACACACACACCACGGACCAAACUGCAGCUGGCAUAAUGCAAAAGAUAGGAUCCAGCUCUGCCAAGGUAUGUCGCCAUGCCAGCAUCCAGUCCAUCCUGUUCCUCCGACGAAGGCAGGAAUCAACCAAACCCCUUUUUUGAUUAAGACCAUUCCAUUGCUGGAGGUUUUUACUGGGGCAGUGGAGGCUGUACUGAAGGUGUGGGACUUCCCUGUACAGAAGCACUUCCACCUGUUGCUGUAUCUGAACCAGACACGUGAGCGUAAACAGCUGGAUGUCCCUAAGCGGCUGACUGGACCGGAGAAUGUGAGCAUACCUCUCUCUGUGGUGUUCCCUUGUCUCUGCCUGCAGAUUUGGCCCGAUGCUGAAGACCCACCCCGAAUUGACGUGUGUCCUUUUGCAAGAGAUAAGGAAGCUCUUGCCCGGGCCUGGGCAGAGAGCCGCCUAGAGCUAAGAAUCUUUGAUAGAACCCUGAGUCUUUCUUUCUCUGCGCCAUGUGACCUCCCGGGGGAGCUGGUGCCUUGCUGGAGGAUGGGCCUCCUUGCUUGCUACCCUCUCCACUCCAGGCUGCGUCUGGCCCUCACUCCAAAUGAGCUCCAGGAGUUUCCCCGGCUGAGACCCCACCCCAACCUCUGUGUGCAGGCAAGGAGCAAUGGAAGCACCCGCCUCCAGAGCUGUCUGCAGGAGGAUUUCCCAGGAAGCCAGCAGUGGCGUCUGCUCUGGGAAACGGUUGGCCCCCAAGGCAAUUUGUCCUUCCGUGUCUUGCAACAGGGCUCCUGGAUUCCCAUCGCUCAAGCCUUCAGCGCAAGAAAUAGUAUCCUGAGGGAGGCCUUGCAGAAUGACAUGAAAUCAGGAGCCUGUGUGCAGGUAUGGGGUUCAGAGGACGGUGAAAUGGAUGUGCUUUGGGCCUGCCCCCUGGAGAAAUAUUGCCGAACAUACUGGGGACUAGCCUGGAUGGUGGCCCUCCUAGGAGUCUUCUCUAUCUUAUUGGUGCUGGUGGUCAAGAAGGAAACACUGAAAGGUUGGCUCAGGAUCCUGAAAGAGGAUUACAGUUCUGGAGGGACACUCCAGGGACGGCCCAUUCUCAUCCUUUACUCUCCAGACGACGGGAGCUUUGAGCGACUGGUGGGCAUCCUGGCUGCAGCCCUGGCCCGGCUCCAGGUCUCCGUAUCCCUGGAGCUGUGGAGACGGGUGGAGCUGGGGGCCCUGGGGCCCAUGCAGUGGCUCCAUGCGCAGAAGCACCAGGUGCUGAAAGGGGGUGGAGCCAUCGUGUUGCUUUUCUCCCAGGGCGCCGUGGCUGGCUGUGCGGAGUGGCUGGGCCGGGAAAAGAAAGGCAUGCUGCCCCCCGCCCACCCUGACAGCACUUUCUUGGCUUCCCUCAACUGUGUGAUGCCUGAUUUUCUUGCUGGGAAGGCCAGGGACAAUUAUAUGGUUGCCUGCUUCGAGGAGCUCCUCCCGGCCACUGAGAUCCCCGGGCUCUUCCAUUCAGUGCCCGUUUACCAACUGCCCUCUCAGCUGUUCAACUUCCUGUUGGCACUGGCCGGCCCCCGCGUGGGCCGUGAGCAGAGGAGCAGCCUCCGGAGGCAAGUGGUGUGGAUCGGCAAGAGCCUGGAACGUGCGGUGGAAGAGUGCCGGCUAAAGAGGCCAAGCUGGCAGCAGACGCCCUUGCUGCCUUCCGAACUGGGCGAUGCACGGAUGAAAGGGGCCAGUGGCUGUCCUGGCACAGAGUCCUGAAUUUCGGAUACUGGGCUGUGGUUGCCCCACGUCGCUAACAAUCCAUGGCUGAGCACAUGGACAUGAAGACUCCAUGCUGGCACCUUGGACAAGCGGCCUAGCUCUGGCACUGGACGUGUCUGCUGUUGUUCCCACCCCGUGGACAGGGAGCCUUGAGGAUACAGCAGUGUGUAUGCGUGGGCUGUCCAAGAGACAGGUGUCCAUGUGAUGGGCCGGGAUACCUAGGUGUACAUGUGAGCUUGUUGAGAGGUCCUGCUGUCAUGUGAGGCCC